GGCCUCUACCCUGCCUGCCGUUUCCAUCUCCAUCCAGUUCUCCGCACCCACCCACGACCACGACCCACCCACCCACUCCUUUCCCCAACCCAUGGCCGCCGCCGCCGCCGCCGCCGGCACCCGGGAGGAGAUGGUCUACAUGGCCAAGCUAGCGGAGCAGGCGGAGCGGUACGAGGAGAUGGUCGAGUUCAUGGAGAAGGUCGCGGCCGCCGCAGAGCUCACCGUCGAGGAGCGCAACCUGCUCUCCGUCGCCUACAAGAACGUCAUCGGCGCGCGCCGCGCCUCCUGGCGCAUCGUCUCCUCCAUCGAGCACAAGGAGGAGACGCGGGGCGCGGCGGGGCACGCCGCCGCCGCCAGGGGGUACCGCGCGCGCGUCGAGGCCGAGCUCUCCGGGAUCUGCGCGGGGAUCCUGCGCCUCCUCGACGAGCGCCUCGUGCCGGCGGCGGCGGCCGUGGACGCCAGGGUCUUCUACCUCAAGAUGAAGGGGGACUACCACCGCUACCUCGCCGAGUUCAAGACCGGCGCCGAGCGCAAGGACGCCGCGGACUCCACGCUCGCCGCCUACCAGGCCGCGCAGGACAUCGCCGUCAAGGAGCUGCCGCCCACGCAUCCCAUCAGGCUCGGCCUCGCCCUCAACUUCUCCGUCUUCUACUACGAGAUCCUCAGCUCGCCGGACCGCGCCUGCUCGCUGGCCAAGCAGGCCUUCGACGAAGCUAUUUCAGAGCUGGAUAGUCUUGGGGAAGAGUCGUACAAGGAUAGCACACUCAUCAUGCAGCUUCUUCGUGACAACCUCACCUUGUGGACUUCUGACAUGCAGGAGGAUGGUGGCGAUGAAAUGCGGGAUGCAAACAAGCCUGACGAGGAGCAGUAGUAGCCAAACAUCUCCAUCGAUCAUGCCAUGCCAUGCCAUGCUUGUACAAGGACCAUUUUCGUGUGUCCUUUCCUUCAAUCGUCGACCUUUCGUUUUGUUGUUAUACUGCUAUUGUGGAACCCUGUUACUGUUACUGUUAGUGUAUCCUAUUGGCAAUAAUCAAAUGUGGUAUGGUUGACUACUA